UCCUCGUCUCCUUUUCUCUGAAACUAACCUGAGUUUCCCUCAUUCUCUUUAGACAUGGAGAUAGAUGACAGUGCUUGUACUACUCCUUAUAUUAGUGCUUCUUCAAGCCCUCAGCGUCGUUAUGACACGUUUUUCCUCAGUGCCCCUACUAGCCCUGCUCGUUUCUCCGCUGAAGUUCCGUUCAAUUGGGAGGAAAAGCCUGGAACUCCAAAAUCAACUAGUAAUACUAUUCAUGAUGAGGAUGAUGAUUUUGUUUUUGAUUUUAGUGGACAGUUGGAGAGAAGCUCAGUUUCAGCAGCUGAUGAGCUUUUUGAUGGUGGAAAAAUCAGGCCUUUGAAGCCACCACCUAGAUUACAAUAUGAAGCUGAUUACAAACCAUUCGAUUCGCCUAAAUCACCCAAGCAAAGAUUCAAGCAAACAUUCUCUCCACGAAACAAGAAGGAAAUUGAUCCAUUUGCUGCAGCCAUACAACACACUGCUCGAACAGAAAAAAUCGAAAAGCCUAAAAAGACGAGAUCUUUAUCCGUUCCUGAUCUGUUAUUUGAUCAUGAAAGUAAUCAGGAAACUACAAAGACUAGUUCUUACUCUUUGUGUUCAGUUUCAUCAUCGAUAUCACUUUGGUACAGAAAAUGGAAACUGAAGGAUUUGUUUCUAUUCAGAAGUGCUUCGGAGGGAAGAGCAAGCAGUAAAGAUCAAUUAAACAAGUUUUUGAAGAAAACUCAUGAGAAAGAGGAGGAUGUGGUGAAGACUUCAAGCUUUAGAUCAACUGCUAGUAGUGUUGGAUCAUCAUCGGUAUCAACCUCCUUGAUGAGGAGGAGGGAGGUUUCGGCUCAUGAGUUGCAUUACACGUUGAAUAGGGCACUCUCCGAAGAGAUGAAGAGGAAAACAUUCUUGCCAUACAAGAAAUUAGGGGUACUAGGUUGCUUAGGGUUCAUUCCAUCAAUGGAUGAUACAAGUUUUAGAAGUGUUGCUUCUUCUGUGUCCAUGACUCGUCGUCAAUAAAAUCUCAGCAUCUGUAUCCAAUUUUUUUCUUCAAUUUGUUAGUUUUGUAUAAGUGUAUAUCAUAGUUUAUAAGAGGACGUAAUACAUUCAUGACCUCCAAUCUCCUUGGAAGAAAUUAAAUCUGUUUGUACAA